AUGCUGGAUAUAAACUUCAAUUCAUUGAAGGAUAAGGCAAUGGAUGUCGACCCUGACAUCAGAUUUAUGGCUUUAGAAGAUUUCCGUAAAUCUUUAGAGAAUGAUUACGCCCUCCUGACACGAGGAUCUUUAGCUUCACAAUUGGAAGCAUUCAUCCCAAUUUUACUUAGAAUGUUGGAAGAUCAGAAUCCAGAUGUUCAAAAUCAAGCUAUCAAGUCAUUUGAACCAAUGGUGAAAUAUUUAACUAACGAUGGUCUUUUAACUCUUAUUAAGAGAUUAUAUUCUAUGGUACAAGCAAGUAAUGGAAAACAAAAUGGUUCAUCCAAUUUGAAAAGUUUUACAACUUCAAUUCCCAAUAUGGCACUUCGUUCAUUAUUUGCUCAAUCAAAUUCGAGAGACACUUCAGAUUUCGUAUCUGAUAAAUUAUCUGCAUCCAAUUACCGAUUUGAUGUUCAACUUUCUCGUUCCAUUAUGAAUUUCUUAAUUCCAAAAAUUAUUGAAACGGGAAAAGAAGCAUCAAUUGAUUCAAUCGAGUUAUUAAUCGACAUUAUUGUUGAGAUUGGAUAUGUUUUGACUUUACGUGAACUUCAUUCUUUAUCGGUUUAUUUAGUUCAUGUGUCUUUUACCGAAGCAGGAAUUAUUAGUAAGAAAUCAAUUGUUGCAUUAGAAAAAGUUAUUAACUUGAUAAAUGAUCCUCAUAGUAUAGAUUUGGUUCUAGAUGAAAUUAAUGAUACAGAAUCAAGAUCAAAUUCAGAUAAUAAAUUGUUUGUAAAGUUUCAGUUAUAUUCCGUUUGCUUGAAUAGAGGAAUUGCACCUUCAGAAGAGAAAAUCACACAAAUAUACAAUACCAUUUAUUCCACCAUUGAUAUUGAAAAAUCUAUAGAAGAAGAUCAAGAAGACGAGAAUGAAUUAGAUUUUGAUCUUAUCUUACAAGAGAAUUUAUUAAAGGACGAAGCAUUAGGUACCCUAAUUGAUUUAACCACAAAAGGAUUCUUACCACCCGCAAAUGGCAACCAGGUCAUCGAUUUGCUCAAGGCAUUCUUAAAUUAUGAUCCCUUAAAUGCUAAUGACUACGAUGACUUUGACGACGACGACGAAGAUAUCGUUUUUAGUGAUGACGACCAAGAGGGAAAUGAUGGCGAGGAAAAUGAUGGUUCCUGGAAGUUAAGAGCUAAAUCAGCAAUGCUAGUCCGUCCACUACUCCAAUGGUUCCCGGAAUCUCUUGAAGUUCUUUCGAAAUCAAUUCUUCCAAUUUUGCCAAUUCAAGAUGCUAAUGAUCAAGUUGUUAUUGAGGCCGUCAAAGCCGCAAUUUCGAUUAUUAAUGCCACCCCUAUAGACAAGUAUACUCAUAUCCAAGCAAUUGUCCCAUUGAUUAACGCCCUGCUUGACAAACUCAGAGAAGAUCAGUUUCCUAUUAUAUUGAAAUUAAUUGAGAGUUUGAAUAGAUUCAGAAGAAUAGAACUUGUAGAAAAAUCUUUCAAGUGUUUUCAAGAUAGAAAAAUCGACACUUCCAGUUCAAUUGAUUAUUUGCAAUUCUUUUCAAGCAUCUUAAAUUCCUUCGAGAAUAUCCCUUGUCAGAUUCUCGAGCAAAUUGUUAGUGUAUUGUCGAAAAAUCUUGAAGAUAAAUCGUUCAAUAUGAUUGCCCAAAGUGUUGAAUGCCUAACUGUGUUAUUCAACCACAACGAUGCAAAAGAGGUUCCAAGUGAGUUAUUACAAACCGUAACUGACAGUUUACAUUCCAAGGUAAUGAAUAGUAAGAAAUAUACAAAUGAAUUAAUGCGUCUCUGCAUUGUUGCUCUUGGCCAAGCCUUAUCGAAUGGAUUAUCGGUAUCAAGAAAGGAUAUUUUGGACACUUUCAAGCUGUCAAUUACCUUAGAAGGGACUUGCAAAACAACCAUCGAAGUGCUCAAUAAAACAUUUGCAGGUAUUUCAGCAGAUGAAAUUUCUCCAGAUUAUGCUACUUUUAUUAUUGAAAAACUGAGUAGCUUGAUCCUUUCUAACAAUGAAAAUAUUUCUUUGGGAUCCUUGAGAAUAAUGAACCAAUGCUUACAGAAAUACCCAGCUUUGGAAUUAGAUUGUGGUUUGAUAUUACCGAAUUUAAUACAAUCUCUAAAGAAUUCCAGCAAAUCCCUCUAUAAGCACAUUUUCCAAUCAUGUAUUCUUCUUUCCAGUAAGAUCUUUCAACUGGAACAACUCAGGGUUGAACUUCUCCAAACAAUGGUUCAAUUGGUUAAUGAUGGCAAAGUUAAUGUCGAUGAUUCCACAUUUUAUGAUUUAUUAAGAAUUAGUUGUAGAUUUGAGAAUGGCUUAUUCACAUAUUUGGAAAGAAAUUUAGAUAUCAAUCUUUUGACAAGUGCAAAGAUUUUGGCAAUUUGUGUUGUUGAAAGCAACAAUGAAGCGGAAGUUAUCAAGAGAAAGGAAGAAUUUUUCCACUACUUAGCAAACAACGUGAAUAGCCCCUUAUUUGCUUUCCCAAUUCGUUUCCUUGGAUAUGUGGGAGAGGCAGUACCUCUCGAGGAUAUAACAGUAGAUUUGCUCAUAAGUUUAUUGAAGAAUCCAUCCCUUACAAAUGAUGCUAAUAUUGAAGCUACAGCUACCGCGUUAGCAUUAAUCGCCCGGAAUGACGUCCAAUCAAAUACCCCAAUUUUGUUAAAGGCAUAUACUUCUUCUGAAAAUGCCACCGUGAGAAAUGGGCUUCUUACCUCCUUAGGACUGGUUGUCGAUUCGUGUAACGCUUUGCAGCUGGAACUUAUUUGGAAAUGUAUCUUCAACCAUCCCGUGGAAUUCAAACAUUCUGCUAUUGCGGAAUUGAGGAGAUCUGGUGAAAUAUUAGGCAAGGUUAUAAAUAACUCACCUACAGGAGCAGAGAAAUUAUUACAAGCAUGUGAGGGACAAACCAAUCUCAAAGCUGUAUAUCUAAUUCUUGUUGUUGAGAAAACUUUGCUUAAUAGCCUCGAAGGCUCAUACGCUAACGACGCUUUGUUAAUCUCAUUAAACCAAUUUGCUGUUGGAUGGCUAGAUAUAGUAAAUGUGGACAUUAGACAAAUCGUGGUUGGUAAUUUAUUGACUGGUCUUCAUAAUAAACCUUCUUGCAUUUUACCAAACUUGAAAAAUCUCAUUCUUCCUAAGCUUUUUCAAUGUUUAAAAGCUGAAGAAGCAUUUAAAAAGACUAUUGCAAUGGGCCCAUAUAAGUAUGUCAUUGAUGAAGGUUUGGAAAUAAGAAAGUUGUCUUAUGAGUUCAUAUAUUCAUUAAUUUCUUUGGAUGAGGGAACUAUCCAACAGUAUGAUAUCAAUCUUGAAGAUAUUGCCGAGAAUAUAAUUCAGCAAGGAUUAUGUGACGAUCAAAGUGAUAUUAUUGUAUUGGCAUGUAUAAAUUUAGUUCAUUUUAUUACCCACCACCAGCAAAGUGCAGCCAGUUUGCUUACGAGAGAUAAUGGUAGUUUGUUCACGACAAUUAUUGCCAAUUUGAACACUCAAUUGAAUAAGAAAUUAUCCGUAAAAGCUUCAGCACAAGAUACAGAAAGUCACGAGGAGAGAAUCAAAUCAAUUGUUAAAUUAUCCAAAAAGUUUAAUCAAGUUGUGGAAACAUUUUAUUCUGAAAACAUUGAACUUGUUAAUUUAGUACAAGCUUGGAAGGAUUAUGUUAGUGCAUUGAAAGUCAAGUUCUUGGUUUACUAUAAUAGUACUGACAUGGAUUAA